CCUGUAUGAGUGUACCAAUGAUUUUCAUGCGGCUUACACAAACGUGUGCAUCUGUCAGCCAGAGGUGAACAUGGCAGACGUUUCGGAGAGGACACUACAAGUUGCGGUCGUGGUCUCCUUCGCUGCCGGUUUUCUGGCGGGUUGGCAGGCGAACAGAAUGAGGAGAAAGUUUCUGGACUGGAGGAAGAAACGGCUGCAAGAGAAACUGUCGGAAACUCAGAAGAAGCUGGAUUUAGCUUGAAUGGUUUGGGGCUGCCUGGUCCAGAUGAACGCUGGUCUUCUCUGUAAAGCUGCUGGAUCUGGGAUGUGCUACUAGUCUGUGACUUUGGAGAAGAGACUUCAAGAUGAUGUUCUGCACUACCCACAUUUUCCUAACACACCUUUUAAAUCAAGGCUGGACUUGAUAUUUACUGUGGGAUAUGGAAAUACAGUCCUGCAGCUUCUUUUCUGCCCUCUGACACUAACAUGGAAGAAGUUGGGGAUCUGGCUUUAGGUGUUCCAGCAUGUCUCAGUUCCUAUCUGUUUUCAUAUCUGGUCAAAAUAAAUUAUUGUAUUUUUUCA